AUGAGUGGUGAAAGUAAUGUAUCGAUCGCUCAGUCAGUUCGGGAACAACACGGAAAGGAUGAAGGAUUUUAUGCGACUAUACCUCCGGAUGUCGUAGUGUUUGCCACAAACACCCAACACACUAUACCUCCGGAUGUCGUAGUGUUUGCCACAAACACCCAACACGUGAGUCGAGUCCAUAAACUGUGUUAUGAACACAACGUCCCAAUCAUACCGUACGGCACGGGAACGGGACUCGAGGGCGGAGUGAAUGCCAUUAAGGGCGGGGUUUGCGGGCAUUACACGGGAACGGGACUCGAGGGCGGAGUGAACGCCAUUGAGGGCGGGGUUUGUAUAGACUUAACGCAAAUGAAUAAAGUUAUUGAAGUGAAUGAACACGACUUCGACUGCACUGUUGAGGCGGGCAUUGACUGGCGAUCACUGAAUCAGUAUCUCAGAGAUACCGGUCUAUACUUCCCCAUAGAUCCCGGUGCGAGUGCAUCCAUAGGCGGAAUGACAGCUACCAGUGCUUCGGGAACUAAUGCCGUGGCCUUCGGAACGAUGAAACAAAAUGUACUCAAUUUGGAAGUCGUUUUACCGGACGGACGGGUCAUGAAUACGAGUGGACACAAGUGUCGGUCCCGUAAAUCUUCGGCCGGUUAUGACUUGACCUCAAUGUUCAUCGGAAGUGAAGGCACUUUGGGUACGAUUACGAAGAUAUGUCUGAAGUUGAGUGCAGUUCCAGAGUGUGUGGCGUCCGGUGUCUGCAGUUUUCCGGACGAUAAGUCGGCCAUCGAUUCAGUCAUCGAAACCCUUCAGUCGGCUAUUCCUGUGGCGAGAGUUGAAUACUUGGACGACGUGUCCAUUAAGGCCUGUCGUGCCUAUAGUCGAGUCUCACUCACCGAAAGUCCCACU